UCCCUGCUCUCUUCAGAAUGUAAUAACCCUUUUCAUGCCUCCUAGUUGCAUCUAGCCACAUGUGUGGUAUCAUUGAUCUUAAUAUCCAAAACAAAACAAAACAAAACCACUGGGGGUGGGGUUCUAGCUCACUUGCACCGAGCGACCCCAACAGCUCCGGACAUGGGUGCAGUCAUGGGAAACACACGGCAGACAAGGGACACUCCAGGGAACCAGCGCGCACCAGGGAGACCUCAGAAGGUAUCAGAGAGGAGGCCGAUGAGGCGCUGCUCAAGUUGUUUAAGAGUCUGGCCUUACUCUCUAGCUGCGUGUGUGUGAAUCUGACCCUGAAGAGUCCAGUGAGGGACUGAGAAACCCACCACGGGUGAGAUCACCGCCCAUGGUCAGAUUGGCCACUAGGCGGCGUACACACCGGCUCAGAAGAGCGCGGCAAAGGCUUUGAAAACAGAACCAAUAUUGAAAACACCAUACACAGCAAGUUGGCCAGAUCUUGCAGAUUGAAAUCAGCUAAGUUGAUUGCCUGCUAAAACAGAAAUGGCAACAUUUUACAGGAUUCAAACAAGGCUCAAGAGUCUCAUAAUAUCAUUUCAAAAUGUCCAGGAUACCAUUAUUCAAAUUAUUCAGCAUAUCAAGAACCAGGAAUAUCUUAACUCAAAAAAUAUAUACAAUUGUCAAACUUCAUAAACUUUAUAUAAAAAGUCAGAUUUGCUGUAUGUCAAAAUAUUUUAAUUAUUACAAUGUAAAAAAAUUUUCCUUUCCGGCGGUGACGACCUCCUCACGAGAACAUGCCUCUCGAAAAGGAUCUUCUUCAUCCCUCUCCAGAAGAGAAGUGGAAACGCAAGAAGAAGCGCCUGGUGCAGAGCCCCAGUUCCUAUUUCAUGGAUGUAAAAUGUCCAGGAUGCUACAAAAUCACCACCGUCUUUAGCCAUGCACAAACAGUAGUUUUGUGUGCUGGCAGCUCUACUGUCCUCUGCCAGCCUGCAGGAGGAAAAGCAAGGCUUACAGAAGGAUGCUCUUUCAGACAGAAGCAGCACUAAAAGUACCCUGUAUCAAGAUGAACGGGAAACCAUCCCAUAAACAUGUUUUGGAUAAAAAAUAAAUAAAUAAAUAAAUAAUUUCAAUAAUGUCACUUGCCUAAAAGAAGCUCACAAUCUAGGAUUGGAAAUAGAAUAAAAAAAUGGAUAAUGACAUAACCUUUACCAUGUAUGAUUUUUUUGUUUGUUUUUGUUCAGUCACUAAGUCAUGUCUGA